UUUUAGACAACUUUUUUGCACUACUAACGAGCAGUUCCAAAUUGAAUUGACUUCAAUUCGGCUGACAGUAUUAUUCACGUUCGACCCAAACCGUGAUUGUUUUUGUUUUUUCCACUUCGUUUGCUUCUGCUUUGAAUGGUCUCCGUGUUUCUAGAACUCUGACCUUCCAGGAAACGCAAUAACAGGUACUCAAAACUCAAAAGGAUUCUAUUAUUUAAUGUUCAGACUCCAGAGGUAUAUGUUAUAUAUACUACGUAUAUGUGAAGGAUUUUAAAAUUAAAACAAGAAAAAUCACAGGAAAGAGUUUAAGGUUUCAAGGAGGCUGGUCAUUUGCGCAAGCUUAGAAAGCCGUACGUUAUGGGGAAGCCUCAUCGAUUCCCAGGCGUGAGCGAAGAGGUGCAGAAGCUUGUGGAUGCGGAUAUGGACUUUGUCGAUGCCAGACGUCGUGCCCGCGAAGCAUUUAAACAUAUUCAGCUCUCAGUCGAUCAUAUUUUGUUUAAGACACCUUCUGAUGGACUAAAGAUGGAGGAGUCUUAUGAGGUCAACUCUAGAGGAUUAGAGGUUUUCUGCAAAAGUUGGCUCCCAGAGACAAUUUCCCCCAAAGCAGUGAUAUGCUUUUGUCAUGGUUAUGGAGAUACUUGCGCAUUUUUCUUUGAAGGGGUUGCAAGGAAGUUGGCGAGUGUUGGAUAUGGUGUGUUUGCCAUGGACUAUCCUGGAUUUGGUCUUUCUGAAGGUCUACAUGGCUACAUACCAAGUUUUGACAACCUAGUUGAUGAUGUCAUUGAGCAUUACUCGAAAGUUAAAGAGAACCCCAAACUACGUAGUCUGCCCAGCUUCCUUUAUGGAGAAUCAAUGGGUGGAGCAGUAGCUCUGAAGGUGCACCUGAAGCAACCCGAUUCAUGGAACGGUGCUAUUCUUUCUGCACCUAUGUGCAAAAUCGACAAGAACUUGGUUCCACCAUGGUUGUUAAAACAAGUUAUGAUCGGUGUAGCAAAAUUUCUACCAAAGCAUAAGCUUGUCCCUCUAAAUAAUUUGGGUGAUUUGGCAUUUAGGGAAGCAAGUAAAAGGCAACAGGCAGCAUAUAACAUCACUGCUUAUAGGCAGAAACCACGUUUGAGGACACUCCUGGAAUUUCUGAAGACUACCGCAGAGAUUGAGGAAUCACUAGAAAAGGUGUCGUUACCGCUGUUAAUCUUGCAUGGAAAGAAAGAUGUAUUGACUGAUCCAUCCGUAAGUGAAGCACUGUAUGAGAAGGCAAGCAGUGGUGACAAGACGUUCAACCUAUACGAGGAAUCAUACCAUUGCCUGCUUGAGGGUGAGCCAGAUGAUAUGAUCGACAAAGUCUUCAAUGACAUGAUUUCUUGGCUUGAUGACCGUAGCACUACUACAGGUUAACCAUGCGCCUUUCUUGCUCACUUCUCCAGGAGUCAAAAGAUAGAAAUCAGGGAAAGAGGCAAAAAGCAAUUUUUGUUGUUGUACAAUAUGUAUUGUUUGAUUGGAAGUUCAAAUAAAUAUUCAAAGUUGGAAGUGCAACUUGGUAGUGCACUCGAGAUAAUGUCAAUUUUAUGUAAAAUUUUUGCUGUAAUAAGUUCAUUUAUGCAACAUGUAUUUGGUUAUUUGGAGAGCAGUGUGUAAAAUAAACAACCUUUUUAAGGUAAAUUUAUUAAGUGCAAAGUGCAACGUGUAAAAAAGUUAUUUUCUUUUUAAAAAAAUAGAUGGACUUGUUGUAGGGA